AUGUCAGAAGGUUCAAGACAAGUUGGUAUGAUCAUUUUAUGUAUCAUUAUCCCACCUUUAGCUGUUUUCAUUAGAAGAGGAUGCGCAGUAGUUUUCUGGGUCAAUAUUAUUUUAUGGAUUCUUGGUUGGAUUCCAGGUGUAAUCCAUGCGCUCUGGGUAAUUUUAAAACACAAUUAA